GGGGGAGGCGGGGCUCUUGGGUGACGUCACAGGGUCAGGGGCGGGGGCAGGGGUGGCAAGAUGGCGCUGAACAGGAACCACUCGUCGCAGGGCGGUGUUGUUGUCCCCAAUGCCGAGAGCAUUCUCAAAGAGUGUAAAGAUGUGGAGCUCUCCUUCAGUGACGUGACAGGCAAGCCUGAAGCCUUCAAAGGCACCAAGAAAGGGAUGUUGUAUCUCACCCCUUACAGGCUAAUCUUUGUGUCGAAGAGCAAGGAUCCUAUGCUGUCGUUCAUGAUGCCGUUUUAUCUGGUGAAAGGAUGCUCGAUCGAGCAGCCUGUUUUCUCUGCCAAUUACAUCAAGGGACAGAUUCAGGCUGAGGCAGGAGGUGGCUGGGAAGGGCAGGGGACAUUCAAACUGACUUUCAACAGUGGAGGAGCCAUUGAGUUUGGACAGCUGAUGUUCAAAGCUGCCUCUAGUGCUUCCAGUGGCGUUCCUCUCCAGACCCCUGGCUAUGGCUAUGGCUAUACACCUGUGCCCGGAGGGUACGUACCUCCCCAACCUGCUCCAGGGGGGUACUCACCUGUGCCAGGGGGCUAUGCUGCUCCCCCACCACCAAAUGGACCAUAUCCUUACGCACCACCUCCGAUAAACGCCUAUGGACCUGCUCCACAGCCCAUGGGAUAUCCAUACGCCCAGACUCCAGGUAUUUACCCACCCCUGCCAAACAUGAACCCCAUGUAUAUGCCAGCUCCUCCCCCCUACUCUGGGCCAUCUCCCACAGGACCCUCAGCUCCCGCAGGACCCUCAGCUCCCCCAGGCCCUCCAGCCUCGGUGGGCCCGGAGAUGCCAGGGGGUAGUAAGGCCAUGGAAGCCACUUCCACCGCAUAUUACAACCCUGCCAACCCACACAAUGUGUAUAUGCCCAUGGAUCAGCCACCUCCUUAUACACCUCCGGAGGAUAAGAAGAACAACUAAAAGAAGGAAAUUGCAACCAGCCUCCCACACUCUCUCCCUGAAGACAACAUGGCUGUUACCUCCCUUUGGGUUAGCAUAUCUCUAGGUCUCUUUCUAUAUAUACGAUAUAUGCAGUGCUGGGCAGGGUAGCACCUGCCCUCCUUAAGCGUAAAGUCUUUGGCAAUACAAGGCGGAACAACAGCACUUUCCUGCUUAUUUGCUUUAUCUCAUGGGGUCAAAGCACUAACCUUUUGCUCUGCCAUUGACUUAAGGAGAGAGAUGAACUUCCUAAACCACCAGUAGAUCACAUCACUAAUCUGGGACUAAAAUAUGAAGGCUCCGGGAUCUUGGAGUAAAACUACUUGGAAUGCCAAACUUUUGACUUCUUCUGAAACACUAUCCAAGAGGAAGGGUACAGAAAACCCUGACAUUCCUUGCACAGAUCCUUGGGUGCCCCAUAAAGGUGUUAAAUUUCCUUAAAUUCAGACUGAGGUGGGCCUCUGGAAAUCCUGCAUUGUGCUGGAAGUGUGUGUUUCAUGUCCAGGACUGACAGUUGUGGUGCGACAAACUGGAGAAGUGCAUCCUGAGAGACACCGAAGCAUUUGGCUGUGCAGGAGAGAAGGGUAUGGGCCCCAGCCAGGCUGCCUUUGCAGACAUCGAAUAGAGAAGCAAACAAAGCUGUGCGGCGGGGCGGUGAGCUGAUACCAGCAGGCAUGUGAAUUCAUCUCGCUUUCCCCCUCCUAGAAGCAGGUCCCAGAUCCGCGCAGUGAUCCUGUAUCAAGCAGCCAUUCUUCAAGUGUAACGAAGUCAAGUGCCGUGCAGGAGGCUGCUUGCCUUGGAGCAAAAUGUGUUACAUGAGGAUGAUGACCUGGCACUGGUCUUGUCAGGAGAUGGGUCCCGCAGCCCUGGCUUCCUCUGCUGAGCUAGCUUGUGCUACCUGCCAGCUCCGUGGGAAAACUGGACGUCAUCUCCUCCUUGGGCAGCCACAGCCAGGUUGUGUGUGCCCAUGUCUGAGCAAUGUGGGCAGGUGGGUGCUGUAACACCGGUGUUGGGUUGCUGAGGGGUACAGUGCCCUCUGUCAGCUGGGAACACUGGUGCGGAUGUUAGUAGUGCUCAGCUGUCAUGCAGACACUGUGGCUGCUCAGCCACAACCUUUCCUUCUUCCUUAGGACAUAGUGCUAUUAAACCUGCUCUGAGGAGAGUCUCUCUAGUCUGGUGGAGACUGUUGUGAUCCUUUGCAUAUGGAGUGAUUGUACUUCUUCCUACAGCCUUCCUGCCUUCACAGUGAAGGGCAAGGAGUGCUGUUUUCCCUCUUGCUUCCCUGUGUGCCAGGGCUCUUCUGAAAGUCAGGCUUGCACGACUUCCAGGUGUGAGUUCCUAAAGCAGCCCUGCUUGGGGGGGGAGAGGGAAGUAAAUUUCAUUAUCUAUAAACACCUUUAAAGUCUGUUGGAGAUAUUCUAAUAACUCUGUAUAUAUAAAAAAAAUCAACCAUGAAUGUUUGUAACUUUUGAAUUGCACUUUAAUACAGGAGUGUUAAUACCUUUAA